AUGAUGCUUUCUAUACUUUUUUUUAUAUCUUUGUUUCCUCUUGUCAAGGCUGAUGAUUGGGAAGAUUUCACAAAUAAUCUUGCUACCGACUUGGCGCCUUUAAUUACCUUGUUCGGUGAACGACUUACGAAACAAUUUCUCUCCGAAUCCAUCAGCACUCUCGAUAAUGUCAUCUUCGCCCUUUCACCGCUAGGAGUUUUGACUUCCGUUGUGUCAGUAAUCAGGAUAUGCGGAAGUUCUUCCCUCAGGGCAUUCGUCGGACGAGCACAAGAAGGUCCUGCCGAAGCCGAAAGUGAACUCCUUCCUUGCGUCUCGGAAUCUACGGCGGAGCUCUUUAAUGAUGGCGGUAUUACACGAGUCUUUGGCCGGCCCAAGAUCGUGGAGAUAGUUGCUUGGGAGGAUGUGGACCUUAAUACUGGAGAAAAGAAGACAAAGAUUGGCACUUUGAAAGAUGCCCUUGAGGAAAAGGCUUGGUCUUGCAAGAGCAAAGUGUCACCUAGUGAAUUGCCUGAACUGGACGUUCCUAAUCUGUCAUUGAACAAGGGAAUCAAGAGGAGAGAUCAAUUUUGGUUUCAUUGUGCUGCAAUACUUGGUGGUGUACUACAGAGUGGCGCUAUUAUGUACGCUGUACUCACGGUGUUCGUGUAUCCCCAGCAUUUCCAGAAAGACGACAAAGCUGUUGCCUCAUAUGCAUUCCCACUCUAUCUCAUCGGGUCAGCUCUUCUGUUUCUCGGAAUGUUCUUCUGCGCAUUCAUCAUGGAGCGUUCCUCCAAGGAGUUCUACCUCAAAGCAGAAAAGCCAAGCAAAAUAUACUGGCUGCAGCCCGGUAACCAAGAUGUGGGCGACCAAGUCUUCAAUGCUUUCUUGGCCGUCAAUGAAGGGCCCAACUCUUCAAUGACCACGAAACUUCGUUAUAUCAAAUCGAUUAGAGAUCGGAGAUUUGAUAGGAAGUAUUUGGAGAUCUACUCUACCCUCGCAUCGACAAUAUUGGGAUUCAUAUUCCAAUUCAUCGGACUCAGAGGCCUCCAUGCAUCUGUCAUCUUAGCUCAGCUGGGAUCGACAUUUCUAAUGGCUAUUAUACGUACUUGUCUCCGCACAGAAAGAAUGACACCCGACGAAAAUAAGAUGAAAGACGACCGGGAGCUCAUGGCUCACAAGCAGCAGGAGCUAGACUGCUUCGCCUUUUAUCUCGAAAAAAUCGAGUAUUUCAAUAUGGUCUCGCUGCCUGAUCGGCCAGCAUGUAUUCCCUCACCAAGGUUCAUGUCUCACAUUGAAGCGCCAUUGGCGAGACAGUUGAUUCAAACACGAACUCAGCUGGCCAAUCUCACAUCUAUCUCAGAUCAGAGCAUAAACGCCGCCUGGGAUGAUAUGCCUAUUCGACAAAUGGCGCAAAACCUCGCACAAACGAUUGAGUCGACGAUGGAUUUGAUCUCCGGCUGGGGAGUUGAUCUCGGGAAGAUCUUUGAGUUUCGACUUGGCUUCGAGUGCAGGAGUUCUUCUCCAUGUUCUGUCACACAAUCUCCGGGAACUUAUUCAAUUGGUCUCAUGCGUUGUGGUGAUGCUCUUCGAUGGAAAAUGCAAGUCAACGAGCUGGAAGCAAUACUAGGCCUAUGGACCUGGUCUUUGUGUAAAUCGUGUGAUGAUUUUAGAUCUUCACGAAUCUUUCGCCUUGUUGGACUGAGCGAAGAAGAGGCAAGCAAGGAGGAGACUUACCUUUACUUCCACAAGUGGAUAUUCCGACAAACAGAGGCCCGACUGGUCCCAUCUGACCUGAUUGAUGACUCCCGGCGACUAUUCGGCUUUGAGCCUAAGGAGGGUCUCCCCUUGGGGGAUCUUCUCGCUAUCAGGACUGAUAAUGAAGUAGAGACAAUGGCUGCCCAAGAUAUCUUCAUCCAAUUUCUCAAAGAAGUUUGCCUCAACAUGAAGGAGCUGGGUGGGGAAGUCGAUGUUGUAUCUGGUAUACAGAACUCGCUUUUGGGUUCAUGUACGCGAAUUGAUGAACUGGUGUCCUGCUUUGAAGCCAAUUCUCUUGGGUCAAGAGAGGAUGCAUUGCUAUGCAUUGCUCCUGUUUUGAGGAACCGAAACCUUUUGCCUGAUCUUGCAGCUGACUGCGCUAAAGUCAGAGCGCGGAGAGAACAACUCAUAAGCAAGGGUAAAUGGCGAAAUGCUUUUGAGUUGCUUCGUUGGCUCUGCCAACGGUCAGAAGGUUCCCAAUUCGAACGGUCGGUAUACGAGUUAGGUUCUCUUUGCCGCCGAGCAUUGUUGAACAACAGCGAAACUAUUCGAAAGGAGGGAUUCGCACAAAUUUGCAAGCUUCUCAACUCAGACAUAAGAGAAGAGUUUCUCCAAGCUCAGAAAGUAUCGCUGUCUUCUGAUUUGACCAUGUCACAAGAUCGUAUUGAAUGGUGGCGCUCAUUCUCCAGCCAAUUAGGAUGGACCGCAUGGAUUAUUUCAACGAAUGUGCCGGGAAUGAGCUUCAUGCAGCCAGGUUUAAAGUCACUCAACGCACCAGAGAGCUUGUCUUAUUUGGCUGGAACCAACCGGGACCUAGAAGCCACCCAAACCGGAAUUCGCGCUAUGCAAGAUUGGCUCACCGUGCGGGAUCUUGAGAAUACUGGGUUCAAACGCUCAGGAGAAGAUGAGGAUGACCAAUGGUGUUUUGAUUGGGCUGUCGAAAACAAAUACUACGGCCUGGUUUAUUUCCUUUUGUUAAAAUGGCUGGAGAUGAGCGAGCACAUCCCGGCCCUUGUCACACUCGGAUACUCACUUGCGGCCAACAAACACUCCCAUUUCGCUCUGCAGAUCCUUCUUCGACAGGGUGCCGAGAUUGAUUCCCCUGAUAUACAAGGUUGUCCCGCGCUGUUUAACCAAGCGGCACUUGGAAACGUGGAGGGGAUAGUCCUGUUAUUGGACAACGGUGCCGAUCCUAAUGGCAGUGACAAGGCUUCCCACGGAAGGCCACUGAUCGCAGCAGUAUAUGGAGGACAUAUUAAGGCUACGGAAUCGCUUCUUCAAUACGGAGCCAAUUUGAACGUGUUGGAUCAAAAUGGGAUGACGGCGCUGUGGUGGGCAAUGGCCAGUGAUCAUUUUGACAUUGUUGAGCUGCUUUUAUCCAGUGGUGCGGGGACAGAGUCAGUCGGGUCUGAUGGCUUGACACCACUUCUUUGGGCUGCAACGGAGAAAAAUCUCGCUGUUCUCGAGCUGUUGAUAAACCACGGAGCAAACAUCAAUGCUCAAAACAACAGCGGGAAAACUGCACUUAUGCGGGCAGUGUAUAGAGAACAUUCAGUGCCAGUGCUUCGGUUACUGUUGGACAAAGGAGCUGAUGUCCAUAUGAAAGACGACCGUGGCCUUACAGCCCUGGAUAUGGCAAAAAAAGCAAACUUCUAUGAAGCUAUAGCCAUACUGGGGCCAUCGUCGUAA